UCAUUACAGCGGCUUCUGCAGUGCCUCGGAAACAUGCUGGGUGACCCAAAAAUAACCACAUCAAAGCUAAAAGUGAGUCGACCUGCUCUCAGUUCUGAUCUUUCCACCUGGACCASAGGAUAUGAGAGGCUGCAGGAGACGCUGAUGGAGCUCCAGGAGUUGAGCUGGCUCUGUCUGGUGGCUCUCUUCCUCGCCUCCUUGCUCAUAGUGCUGGGAUGGCUGCUCCAGUACUCGCUGACWGUACUGCGGCUCUGGAAAUCCAGGAAGGCAGCCAAGCAAGGCGGCCGAGAGACAGCCUGGCUGCAGCGGCAGCAGCAUGUCUUCUCCACGCAGCCCCAACAGAUGCAGGCUGGAGGCGUAUGGGGCUUUCUGCUGAUGAAGCUGCGCUCUGGCAAGGAUGGAGCUGCUGCCUCUGAGGCCGGGGUCAAAGGCCUGCUGACCUCCCUGUUCUCCUUUAGGUCCUUCAGGGAGCACUGGCAAAGAACCUGGGUGAAGGCUCUGAACGAGCAAGCGUGUAGGCAUGGGAGUUCCCUCCAGAUAACUUUUGACAGCAGCCUCCAGCUAACCGCUGGCUCUGCAAUAGAUAGCGUGACCUGCACUGACCAGUCAGCGAACAAAAUGGUGUUACGCUGUAAAUGCUGGGUAGACACGCUGACGUUUCCUGUGACUGUGACCCAGCAGUCACCCGCUGCUGUUUCCAUGGAUACGUAUCAGAUCACUACUGCACCGAUGAUGGCUAAGGUGGACGUGUCCCUGGAGGAAGUGGAGGACGAGGGCUUGCUGAUAUCUUGGACUUUUUCCAAGCAGUCGUCAUUUUCUCUCACCGUGUCCCUGUGCAAACUGCAGAGACAGGGCUCGGAGGCCGCAGCAGACCUGGACAUGAUCAAAGGAAUGGUUGAAGACACGCUGUUCAGCGCCCACCCGGCCAUGGUCCUCAACCUCAAGGCCUCCAUGUCUCCUAGCGUGUCCCCAAUGGACCGUCUCUCAGUGGGAGCCAGCUCCACAUCCCAUGGGUUCUUAGUGAGGCGGCUCCUUCUCCAGCAGCUCAGGGUGACCUUAAGUAAAGGCCUGUGGUCCAGAUCAGGGGAGCUGUGCUGCGUCCUGAGUCUGGACCAGCCGUCGGCAGAGAGGAGGACCUGCUUCCUGCCUGUGCCGAGAAACCCCGACGCUGCCCUGGAGUGGAGCGAAGAAAUGACUCUGGAGCUUGGCCCGGAAACCAAAGAGCUCAGGUUCAGGCUUUUGGAGCGGAGCAGCACAAGAGAGCAGUUUCUUCCUGGUCACGCCACCAUCGCCAUAAACCUGCAGUCUAAAACCCCAACUGGGCAACACGUUCUGUGUCUCAGCUCCGGUCCUGGCUCAGCACCAGACGCCACCAUCAGCACAGAGCUGCUGUACGUAGAAACCGUUGACCCUCGCAGUUCCCCGAACGCUUUCUCUAUUCGCUCCUCGUUGACCCCUACGAAGAAGGUCGACGUGGAUCGAACAGUCACGCCAGAUGGCACCAUAGUCACUACCGUCACCACCGUGCAGUCGCGAAUGAAGCUCGAUCGCAGCCCAGGUGAUUCCCCGCUGCGUUCACCAUCCAAAGUCGAGGUGAGCGAAAAGAAGGCGGCCGUGUUGGUGGACGAAAGAGGCAGCAGCAGCAGCCCCAACCCGAGCAAGAGCAGUCGCCUGUCUAAUGGCCUGGAUCCUGUUGCAGAGACGGCCAUUCGGCAGCUGACAGAGUCUGCAUCCAAAUCGGCCCGGAAGACGCCAACAAAGAGGAGCACACUGAUCAUCUCCGGCGUUUCAAAGGUUCCUCUCACCGAGGACAACUGUGCACUAUCAACGGGCUACGCGGCCGCCAUGGACGCGGCCAUGCACGGCAACCACUUCAGGUCGGGGCACCACCAGGACCCGGAUGAAACCACUCCCUCUGACGUGUCGGAGCGCCCCUCUGUGGACGAUGUGGAGUCUGACACCGGGUCCGCCGGCGCCUUGGAGACACGCAGCUUGAAGGACCAUAAAGUGGGCUUCCUCCAGAGCGGCUCCAAGCUGUUGUUCCGCAGGAGACACAGAGAAAAGGAGCCCUGUCUCAGCCAGUCCCACGAGGACAUCUCCAACAUGGGCAAUAACUUUGCAGCCCCGGCCGCGGGCCCCACCCGCAAAAAGUCUGGCAGCUUCUCCCGGCGCAUCAUCAAGCGCUUCUCCUUCCGCUCGUCCGGCAAAUCGAAAGGCAAGGCCGCUGCUACCAACGGAGGAGCGAGCUCUGUGGAUAAUUAAUUAUAAUCAUGAAAGGGAUUAUUAAAGGCUCUGUGAUCAGCCCUUAACAAGCUGGCAAUCCCAGUGGGUUACAACCUGCACUUCUUGAAGGAAGGAUGUAUCUGGAAGGAACACUCUGUGAAAUGAAUCUUGUUCUCCUUCAGUACAAAAAAAAAAAAAAUUAUGAGAUUAAUCUAAAAUGGGAUGGUGAACUCGGUUUUCUUUGGCGAGAAGUCUGCUGCUCAGUGAAAAUAAUCGCUGCAGUGAAUUUUUUUUAUUAUUCCUAUUUAAACACAAACUACUGUGUUUGAUUAAGACGGGUGGUGGAAAUACUCUAAAACUAUAUAAUCAUGUAAAAAUGCCAGUGUGACGUUGCUGGAUGCACUUUGGACUGAGGUUCUCUGCUUUUUUUUUUUUUUUUUAAUUUUGAAGGUUGUAAAAAUAUAAUUUAUUAUUAUGUUAUGCGUGUCUCUUAAAUGCUAUUUAUUUAAUUCUUGCCAAAACCAAGUCAUUCUACUUGCAUUACUCUGUAAAUUAAUGACAGGCGUGCUUUCUAUGCAAAUUUCUUUUUAAAUACAUUUAAGCAACAUGCCAGAAAUCUAUCUCAGCUGAACUGUGCUGUGCAUUUAUAUCUGCUUAAAAAAAUCUUGUUUCAUGUUUUAACUUAUACCCUAAAUCAAAAAAGAUAUGGCAUUUAUAAUAAUUUUGUGUUAUGUAGUUGUUUUCUGUGGCAUAUCAUAUUAGAUUUGAAGGUUCAGACAAACUUUUUAUGCUGGCAAUAAUUUUAUUCAUUCUGAAUUUAGUUUUAAGCGGUCAGGUACUCAAAGGGAUUUCAUUACUGUAAAUACUUUCAUUAUUGUGCAACAACACUACUUGCUCUGUGUUAAAUGGCUCUAAGUACAAUAAUAAUCCACACUAGUUUAUUAUCACUCUGUGGCCAGUCAGAAGUUUUUACAUUCUUAUUGGCAUUAAAUAUGUUUAUUUGA